CGCGGUGUCAAGGUGACGGCGCUGGUUGCGUAAGCGGGGGGAGGGGAGAAAACAGCGACGCGAUGCGGUGGCGGGAGUUACGUAAGCGGCGUACCAGGGCAAAGGGUUGGGGGGGCGGAAGAGAAACGCACCCCUCCAGCCCCGUGAGUGGGCGUGUCAAAACAGAGCGCCCGCCCCCACCCGAAGUGGCCGCCGCUCGCUCCGCCUCCCCCCCCCGCUUGGGAUUUGGGCCGCCGUGACGUCAGCGAGACUAUAGCGCCGGACCGCCCCUUUAGUAACGAGGCGGCUGAUUGGCUCCCCCGGUGGCAGUGGGGAAAAGGCGAGGAGAGGGCGCGGUGCGCUGCCUAGGCCAAGCCGGGCCUGCGUGAGGAGAGGCAGAGCGAGCGGCGAGUGGAGCGGGCCGGGCCGGGCCGGGCCUACGGGCCGGGCUGAGCUGACAAGCAUCAUGGCAGAAGAACUUGCGCCAUCUCUCUUCUUCCAGCACCAGUACAUGUGCUCGGAGUGUGGGCUUCUCUACAACACUUUGGAGGAGGUGCUGAUCCACCAGCAGAGCCAUCUGGGGGAGCCUUAUGAGCCCACAGCUGCGGCCACCGUUGUGGACACAGGGCCCCAGCAAGACAACCGCUACCAGUGUUUGGAAUGUGGCUGUGUCCUGUGGUCACCUGAUGAAUUGCUAGACCACCAGGCAGUGCACCCCAGGGAGGUGCCAGCCCGGCCCCAGCCUCCCACAGGACAGAUCCGUUACCAGUGUAACGAGUGUAACGAACUCUUUCCGUCCACAAGCCUGUGGCUGGCACACCGCCAAACGCACCAGAAGCAAAAGGCCUUAGGUGACGGCCAGUCGUCAACGCCACCUUCCUGCCAGCCAGCUUCUUCAACAACACCUUCCCAACUGACUGUUUCCCAAAUGUCCCAAUUAUCUUCCUCCCCACCCUCUGGGGCAUCGCUGCCACCCCCUCCCCAGCCAGUUCCCCCCAUGCAUCCCUACGAGUGUUCUGAGUGUGCCUGCCUCUUCCCAACGCCAGAAGAGCUGCUAGAGCACCAGGGUGAGCACUUUACUGAGAUUGAGAAAGAAAGUGGAGAGGUGCCUGAAGUAGCAACACAGGAGACCUGCAGCCCACAACACGUCUCCCCACAGCCAUGCCCUAAGGACCCCCCAGCAGCACCUCCGCCCGUGCAGGCCUUCUGCUGUAAAGAGUGCAAGCAGACAUUUGGCACCGCGGAGGCACUGCAGCAGCACCAGCAGGAGCACCUGGGGAGCAGUGAGGAGUUUCUGUGUGGCGAGUGCCAGCGAGGCUUCACGACAGCCAAGCGGCUGUUGGCUCACCAGCGGGUGCACGUGGACGGCACAUACGAAUGUCCCAACUGCAACAAGAUCUUCAAAAAGGCGGCAUCUCUUGAACAGCACAUGCGCAUCCACAAAGGUGAAGCACUCUACCUCUGUGUGGACUGCGGGCUCGGCUUCUCCACUGAGAUGACCUUGAUCAUGCACCGCAAGAGCCACACUGCCAACCCUCUGCACCGCUGCCACUGUGGCAAAACCUUCAGCAACAUGACCAAGUUCCUUUACCACCGACGCACACAUGCUGGCAAGAGCGGGAUUCCACCCCCUCGUGGGGCAGCAGAGCACGCGCCAAGCCAACCUCCUGAACCAGUUCCCACAGAUGGGGAGUCGGCCCUCAACGGUUCCUCUUCCUCGCCUUUGCUGGGAACCUCAGAAGCACCCAGUGCUGGGUUCCUGUGCCCUCAGUGUGGAAAGGCCUUCUCCACCCAUAUCCGGAUGGUGCGGCACAAGCGGGUAGUGCAUGUUCUGGAACGCAAACACAAGUGCCCCACAUGUGGCAAGAAAUUCAAGAAGCUGGUGCACGUGCGCAACCACCUGCGGACGCACACUGGUGAAAGGCCGUUCCAGUGCUCGGAGUGCGGCAAGACCUUUGUGUCUCAGGCUAACUUGGCACGGCACCAUGUGACGCACACCGGCGAGCGCCCUUACCAGUGCCAGGUUUGUGACAAGCGCUUCACCCAGUCUUCCAACCUUCGCCAGCACCGCCUCUUGCACAUGGCCCCUAAUGGAGAAGGGCCCCAUUCGUGUGAAGACUGUGGAGCGGCUUUUCCCCGGGCCCACCAACUAGCCCUGCACCGGACUGUGCACACAGGCUGCUUGCCUUUCCCGUGCCCAGACUGUGACAAAUCCUUCCCACGCCGCCGUCUCCUGGAACUGCACCGCCUUAGCCAUUCUGGGCACGAGCCCCAUCGCUGCCCAGACUGUGGGGCUCUCUUUGUGAUGGCGUCUAAGCUGCAGGAGCACCGCUGUGCCCGGCGCCGCAAGCACGCCGCGCCACAGUCUUAUCUUUGCACCUCUUGUGGGAAGUACAUGGGCUCUCUGGCCAAGCUGGCACUGCACCAGCUGGUACAUUCGGGCCAGUGGCCUUACUCUUGCCCGCUCUGUGGGAAGGCCUUCACUACCCCCAGUGGAUUGAGCCGGCACCAGCAGCGCCAUGCCGGCCUGCGCCCUCACAAGUGCUCCGUUUGUGCCAAGACCUUUGUCGCGGCCUCCGGGCUACAGCUCCACCAGCGCGUCCACACCGGUGAACGUCCCUUUCCCUGCCCAGACUGUGGCAAGGCAUUCCGGCAGGCUACCCACCUGCGGGAACACAGGCGCCUGCACACGGGAGAGCGCCCUUACCGCUGCCCAGACUGCGGCAAGGCCUUUGUGCAGUCCAUGCACCUUGCUGAGCACCGCCGCAUCCACACUGGUGAGCGCCCCCACCCCUGCCCUCUCUGCCCUAAGACCUUCAAGACUCUCUCCAACCUGCGCAGCCACCGCAAGACCCACACCGAACUAGCUGCUGGCCAGGAUACGCUCCAGGCUGCUGAGUCCCUUGUGGCCACUGGCCAGCCCACCCAAACGAUCAUGUGCACUGAGUUUGGGGAAACCAUUGCGAUCAUUGAGAGUGCUGAGCCCCUCCCCUUGGUCGAAACGAUAGAGAUCUACCAGGCUACACUUGAAGGCAAUAUCCAGGUCAAUGCCUUUGUAUAGGCAACCUCUAACUCUUCCUUGCUCAAGGGCUUGAUGCGUGUCAGCAGGAAGUAUGGCUUCCUUUAUUCCAUACAUCGAGCAUCCUUCUCCCAGCAGCAGAGCCUACGAACCAGUCACUCGGUGCCCAGAUGCAACCUGUUCGACUUGUAUUGGGGCCUAGCUCCAGAUCACGUGCCUCGUCUGGAGGAUUUCUCGGGGACAAUACCAUUUUUGUGUGCAGGGGGCAGUGCUGUGGCAUGAGACUGAACCCAUCCACCUCUGCCACAACCACACACUUACUGUAAAUAAAAAGUUCUGUUCUGUUCUGUUAAGCUCUUCCUCUGACUUUCUCUCUGUGAUGAAGCUCCACAAAGUCAUUUUCUCCUUGGAGCAUGUGCUUCUGCUGGUAGCCAGUCUGUUUAUUAAAUUCAGUUUGACUCUUGUGCUCCCAA